UCUCUGAUUACACUGGAGUUUCUCUAGAAUUUAGACUGUGCUUUCCCCUAUUUACUGCCACCUGGUGACAUGGUACUGCUUCCUCUAGGUACCAAGUGGAGUUUCAUACUUAAAACAGGACUCCUAGGCCCCAGAGCCUCAGCCGGCCCACUGCCAUCUCACUCCAGCUUCUGUGCCCUUCCUCAAGCUUCAGCAUGUUUCUUCCCCACUAUGCUGGUGUGAAAGGGCCACAGCACUGGCCUAAGAGUCUGUCCCAGAGGGAUUCGAGUCUCUGCUACUUCUUGGUUGCUUAUCAUGCCCAUUUGCUUAGUCUUUGAGUCUUAAUUUCAUCAUCUGAACAAUGGGAGUGAGGACGCUGACCUUCCAGAGGGGGCUGUAAGGAAUAACAUGAUGUGGCGAGUUGGGUGAGUGAGCUGAGCCAGGCAGCACUGCAGGUUUGGGAAAUGAGGACCUGCUCGCCCUGCCCUCAAGGGAGUCGUUCCAUACAGGGGAUGUGGGAAGAAUAUUCACAAGGCACAGGAGUUCACCCCAUCAGCCACGAGCCAGUAGAUCGACCAGACCAGACAGCAAAGGGAAGAAAUAUGCUCUAAGUCUCAGAAACCGUCUGAAUGUCCCCUUCUAAUGUCCGGUCCCUCUCAUGCUGAUUCACAAACAAAUGGGGGGCAUUAAUUGAAUGCAUGUUUGAAGGCCAAGUACAGGUAACCUGGAGGAACAGUAAGUCAAAUCUCCUCAGAAGGAAGGAGAGUGGGCUCUGGGGAACCUGCUAGAUGGGGGUAAGCCAAGCGUGUGAGUUCAGGCAGGUUUCUCCACCUCUCUGUGCCUCAGCUUUCUCUCCUGUGAAAUGGAGCCAAUACUGGCUUCCAUGUAAAGUUCUUGCAGGGAAUUGAUGAGCCAGGGCGGGGAAACCGCUUAGCACUUAGGAAAUACUCAGUAGACACUAACAAAAAUAAUGUUGCCGUCUUGGUGUUUUAACUUAGGAUCCGUGAAGAGCAUCCAGAUCCCGGAUGCUCCCUGGUCCACUUUUGCUUUGAGUUUCAGGUAGCCGUUCUCCUCUCUCCGUGUGGUUAGAAGAGGAACCUCACUUCCUGGCUGUCCCCUCCUCGCGGGCCUCAGCGUGUGGGUGGUCUCGACUGAGCCACCGCUUCCGCCUGGAGAUCUGGGUCUUCUGGCCACAGGGCUGCUGCACAGGCAGUGGCUGCCGCCGGGGCCUGGAGACCUGGUGGCUGCGGACUGCCCAGCUCAGAACAGCCCCUGUUUGACCUCACAUGGUGGAGAAGCAGCCCCAUGAAGGUGCCCAGCCAUGCAAUGUUCCUGGAAGGCCGUCCUCCUCCUUGCCCUGGCCUCCAUCGCCAUCCAGUACACGGCCAUUCGCACCUUCACCGCCAAGUCCUUCCACACCUGCCCGGGUCUGGCGGAGGCGGGGUUGGCCGAGCGGCUGUGCGAAGAGAGCCCCACCUUCGCCUAUAACCUCUCCCGCAAGACUCACGUCCUCAUCCUGGCCACCACGCGCAGCGGCUCAUCCUUCGUGGGCCAGCUCUUCAACCAGCACCUGGACGUCUUCUACCUGUUUGAGCCCCUCUACCACGUCCAGAACACGCUGAUCCCCCGCCUCACCCAGGGCAAGAGCCCCGCGGAUCGGCGGGUCAUGCUGGGAGCCAGCCGUGACCUCCUGAGGAGCCUCUACGACUGUGACCUCUACUUCCUGGAGAACUACAUCAAGCCGCCGCCCGUCAACCACACCACCGACAGGAUCUUCCGCCGCGGGGCCAGCAGGGUACUGUGCUCUCGCCCCGUGUGCGAGCCUCCGGGCUCCGCGGACCUGGUGCUGGAGGAGGGGGACUGCGUGCGCAAGUGCGGCCUGCUGAACUUGACGGUGGCCGCCGAGGCCUGUCGGGAGCGCAGCCACGUGGCCAUUAAGACGGUGCGGGUGCCCGAGGUUAACGACUUGCGGGCCCUGGUUGAAGACCCCCGGUUAAACCUCAAGGUCAUCCAGCUGGUCCGAGACCCACGUGGCAUUCUGGCUUCCCGCAGCGAGACCUUCCGCGACACGUACCGGCUCUGGCGGCUCUGGUACGGCACCGGGAGGAAGCCCUACAACCUGGACGUGACGCAGCUGACCACGGUGUGCGAGGACUUCUCCAACUCCGUGUCCACCGGCCUCAUGCGGCCCCCGUGGCUCAAGGGCAAGUACAUGCUGGUGCGCUACGAGGACCUGGCCAGGAACCCCAUGAAGAAGACCGAGGAGAUCUACGGCUUCCUGGGCAUCCCCUUGGACAGCCACGUGGCGCGCUGGAUCCAGAACAACACGCGGGGAGACCCCACCCUGGGCAAGCACAAAUACGGCACCGUGCGAAACUCGGCGGCCACGGCUGAGAAGUGGCGCUUCCGCCUCUCCUACGACAUCGUGGCCUUUGCCCAGAACGCGUGUCAGCGGGUGCUGGCGCAGCUGGGCUACAAGAUGGCCAACUCGGAGGAGGAGCUCAAGAACCCCUCCAUCAGCUUGGUGGAGGAGCGGGACUUCCGCCCUUUCUCGUGACCAGGGCUCUGUGGGUGGGGGCGAGGGGGACACGGUGUCGGUUUUGAUAAAAUGGACCGUUUUGAACUGUUGCCUUAUUUCCCCCUCCCUCUCCCACCCCGUCUUUGUGUCCUCCCUGCCCCCUGUCCAGACCCCGCUUCCUCUGCCUCUCUUUGUCUCUGAAAUUUGCACUAAGUCUUGGACAGGAAUCUCUGGGGCAGAGGGGGCCUGAAGUGGGGUCCAGCCCCAGCCCCACCCCGUUCAGACCCAAGGAUGUGUGUCUCUGGUAGAUGGUGACAAUGUUUACAAGCACCGCACUUACACAUUCACAUAUGCGCGCACACACACGGGCACCUGAGAGGAGAGACACCCCAAACCACACAACUUCUGAAGCUUCUCCAAUGGACGAGUGGCGAGGGUAUGGUAGUUUUUGCACUGUCUUACUUCUACGAGGUAAGGAGUUAAAAACAAAAAGGCCACCUCUCUCUAAUUUAUGAAUGGCGUUUAUCCCUCCCCGUCCUGCUUCUGCCCCCCAAUGCCCACUGCCCCUCCCUCCCUUGGAGCAGAGAAACUGCCCCCUCCUGCCCGCCCUUGCCUGUCAGGUGAGCAGGUUUUUACUGUGAGGUGAAUGUGGACCUUGUUUAUUUUUUCCAGUCUGUGGCAAUGCUGUUCGUCUGUCUGAGUCUUGUGACUGCCCCUGGACUAGUGAUGGCUGAUAAAUGUUAUGGUUUUCUGAUUGAUCUUGGGGUCCAUCUGUGAUAUUUCUUUGUGCCGAAAAGAAAAAAAAAAAAGAGUGGUUCAAUUUGCUAAAUGAACAUUGAAAUGCUUUAUCUGUGUUUUCUGUAAAUAAAAGAGUGCAAUAA